AUGAUCUGGGCUAUAUUCUACGGAUUCUUUGUUGGCUCUGCGAUAUCGCUGCUUAUUUUCGGAUCUUUCCUCUAUUUUGGCCGUCGUAAUGUAUAUCAAGACUGGUAUCGCGGAAUGUACAAAAGAUACGGUGUCGAUGCAUCCGGAGUCACUGGAGGAGUUACAGGAAGCGCAUUCGGAACAACAACGACUGGAGUCGGAGGUUUGUCUACUAUUGGUGGUACCACUCUGGGUACGACCGGCGGCACUACGACUGGCGGUACUUCUGGUUUCACUAGUGGUUUUACGAGUGGCACGACUGGUGGAGAAACGAGCGGUAGCACUACGGGAGGCACAACCGGUGGCACGACCGAUGUCAGUGGCACUACCGGAGGCACAUCCGAUGUCAGCGGAACUACCGGUGGUACGGAUGUCAGUGGCACGACUGGAGGCACAACUGGUGGUGGUACCAGUACCGGAGGUGAUGUCAGUGGCACCUCUGGCACAUCUGCUGCUUUGUAA